AUGACUCGUAGGAAAACAAAAUGCCAGAGUGGUGCUUUCAAAGCUAAGAAAAGAAAAAGAAUAGAGAAGCUUGAAAGUUCUUUAAGAGGAUCGAUGAACAAAUAUUUGGCUCGAACAAGUGAUAGUGUUGGACUUCCGGAAAGAAUAAGUGAAAGUGAUGGUCCUGCAGCAGCAGAAACAAUAAAUGACAUUAACAGUGAUGAAGAAUAUGCAAAUUUGGUUAAUGUAAUGGAGAAAGAAUAUGGUUUGCUCAAUGGUGGUAGUAGUAGUGGUGGUCUUAGUGGAUAUAAUCAGAAUGUGCAAGGUGAAGAAUUGUUACAGCCAACUAUAAAUGAGAGUGAACACGGGAACGACGAAGUGCAGAAUGAAGAGUACGGACCGGUAAACAUUUAUGAUCCAGGAAAUUGGAACUUCAUUGACCAACAUUUCAGAUAUUUUUUGGUAGAAAAGGGUCCCAUCAGAGUAAGUAAAAAUGUCCAAUAUCCUUACAAUGAACAUCGUAGACGAUUCUCUAAUCGUCAUUAUAAACGAAAAAUGAGUAAUGGGGAAAGGGUUGAUAGGAGAUGGCUAGUAUAUUCAACUGUUAGGGAUCUCGUGUUCUGUUUUAGUUGCAAAUUGUUUAAGGGAGAUGGGGUUGAUUGUCAGUUGGAUACCAUUGGCUCUAAUGAUUGGCAUAAUCUUGGUAAAAAACUUAGACAACAUGAUACCUGCCAUGGGCAUCUAGAAUCCAUGUCUAAAUGGAAUGAACUGGAAAGAAGAUUGAAGAAGAAUGAAACUAUCGAUAAGUCUAUGCAAGAACAGAUCAAGAGAGAAAAAGAGUAUUGGAAACAAGUCUUGGUUAGAAUAGUUUCUCUUAUAAAAACUCUUGCUAAAAAUAAUUUAGCUUUCCGCGGUGAUAAUGAAAAGAUUGGCCAAUCAAAUAACGGAAAUUUUUUGAGCUUUAUUGAAAUGAUUGCAGAGUUUGAUUUGGUAAUGCAAGAUCAUCUUCGACGUUUCAAAGAUCCGAACAUUCAUCAUCAUUACCUUAGUCCCAAGAUACAAAAUGAGUUGAUUUCGCUAUUGGCUCACCAUGUGAGAGAGAAUAUUAUUGAAAAAGUUCACAAAGGAAAAUAUUUUUCUGUGUUGCUUGAUUGUACUUCGGAUAUAAGCCAUGAAGAACAAAUGUCACUUAUUGUAAGAUCUGUGGAUUAUUUAACAACUCCAAAAGUUGAAGAACACUUUCUAGGUUUAUUAAAAGUGGAAGAAACCACUGGACUAGGACUUUUUGAGGAGAUGAAAAACCUUUUGGAGAAGCUUAAUAUUGAGUUUGAUGAUAUCAGAGGACAAGGGUACGAUAACGGAGCUAAUAUGAAGGGGAAAAACAAAGGGGUGCAAAACAGGCUACUCAAGGAAAAUCCAAGGGCAUUUUAUAUGCCGUGUGCAUGUCAUAGUCUUAAUAUUAUGCUUCUGGAUAUGGCUAAAUCAUGUCCUAAAGCAGAAUCAUUUUUCAGUGUUAUGCAGCGGAUAUACAAGUUGUUUUCAAAAUCUACAAAACGUUGGCAAGUAUUUAAAAAACAUGUGACUAGUUUCACUGUUAAGCCGUUAUCGGAUACUCGAUGGGAAAGUCAUAUAGAAAGUGUUAAAGAAAUACGAUUCCAACUUCCUAAAAUACGGGAUGCUUUGCUAGAGUUGUCGGAAUCUAUUGAAUUUAGUGCGAAAACAAGGGGAGAAGCUGAUUCGUUAUUGACAUGCGAGAUCGAUAAUUUUGAAUUUACAUUUGGCAUGGUUGUUUGGGAUACUGGAUUCGAAGAGUUAUUGGAAGAAGCUACUGACUUGGCAGCAACAAUUGGUAUAGAACCUACUUUCUAUGAGCCAUGA